AUGAACAAAAGCAAUAAACGACGUGAAUCAGAUGUAAUGAAGCUCAUGAUGAGUGACUAUGAAGUGCAUUUAACGGAUGAGACCAAGACAAAUCACCUUGAUGUCAAGUUUCAUGGUCCAAAGGACACUCCGUACGAAGGAGGAUCUUGGAAGAUUCACGUGACACUACCAAAGGAUUAUCCAUUCAAAUCACCUUCAAUUGGUUUUAGUAACCGCAUUUAUCACCCUAAUGUGGAUGAAACGUCGGGAUCUGUAUGUUUGGAUGUAAUUAACCAAACAUGGAGCCCAAUGUUUGACUUGGUCAAUAUUUUUGAUAUGUUUAUUCCUCAACUACUUCGUUAUCCAAAUCCAAGUGAUCCGCUGAAUGGUGAGGCGGCUUCGUUGCUGAUGAAGGAUGCCGACUCGUUCAAUCGAAAAGUGGAAGAGUAUGUGCGCAACUACGCCUCGCAGCCGAUUGCAAUGGGCAAUGAGGAUGAAGACAGCGAUGUCAGUGAUAUGAGUGAUAUUGAGUAG